UUCAUUUGACGUUGACAUCAGCUCUCCUCUCUCUCUCUCCCAUGGAGUCCCAGUCUCCUAUCGAUUCAAAACCCACGACGCAGAUACAGACACUUUACACUAACCUAAUCUUUUAGAAUCUCCCUGUCUCGCAUCGUCAUUUCCAAUAUUUCUUUGAACUUUUCGCCCCUUACUGACGUACCAAUCUACAAAGUGCCAUUAGAAAGAUACAGAUACAGUAUUAGUUGCAGGAAGUGGAUUAGUUGCAGGCCCAUUUUUCUAUUGUUCUAACCUCCUUCACGAAAGUAGUAGUGAUGCAAGCUUCGUCCUCUUUGUGAAUUUAGUUUCCUGUUUUAUUCGCGGAUCAGAAAUGUCAAUGGUAGGGGGGAUUCACAGCAACAGUGGCAACAUGGGUUCGCCAAUUUUCCAUGAGUUGAAGAAGCAGGCUUCCUUCUUCUUCAAGGAGAAGAUCAAGACGGCCCGGUUGGCUCUCACAGAUGUCACACCGGCUCAACUAUUGACUGAAGAAGCCACUAACGCAAAUCCAUGGGCUCCGGACACGCGAACGCUGAAGACCAUAUCGCGGGCUGCUUUUGAAGUUGAUGAUUACUGGAGAAUUGUUGAAAUUCUGCACAAGAGAUUGGCUAAGUUUGAUAGGAACAACUGGAGAUUGUCAUACAACGCUCUGAUUGUGCUGGAGCACUUGUUGACCCAUGGACCAGAGAGUACUGCAGAGGAGUUCCAAUCUGACAGAGAUGUUAUUCGAGAGAUGGGAAGCUUUCAAUAUAUUGAUGAGAAAGGAUUCAACUGGGGCCUCAAUGUUAGGAAGAAAUCUGAGAGGAUACUGCAACUGCUUGAAAAGGGUCCUCUUCUCAAGGAAGAGAGAGACCGAGCCCGGAAGCUGACAAGAGGGAUUCAAGGUUUUGGAAGCUUCUCCCACAGGGCUUCUUCAGCAGAAGGGAUUCUGCAAGAAUCAUCUCAUGGAACAUUUGGAAGGUCUAAUUCUCAAUUUAAUGAGAAUGGAAAUCAGGAAGAACAGAUUUCAUCCACAAAAGAUGAGAAUCUGAUUGAGCCAAAUGCCAGGUUCAUCUCCAGCAAGAAAAUUGAGAAUUCCCAGAUGCCUGAAAGCUCCGGUGCACCUGCUCGACUGAGUUUCAAAGAGAACAUGGCUCCCGACGAGGAACUUCUAGGAGGGGAAUCGGGACCCCUCUUGAGAGAUCAGGAAGAUGAUUGUGGCAUCGGAAUAUCCACAGAAGCAGAUCACCCUUUUCAUGACACUGAGAAUCAAGCUACCGUCUCUCUACUUUCUAGGCCAGAUCAACUCUUGCAAGCUUAUUGAGACUUAAAAUAGAAUUGAGAUGAGUAGACAACUUGCCUGCAAAUUUUCUUUUACCUGAUCUUGUUGUAUUUGCAAUAAUAGUUGAGGAUUCCUUGUAUCUGUCACAAUGUGUGUUGAGUCCCAGAUGUAACUAAAGAAAUGCUAUGCUAAGAGCUCUACGGUGUUUGGUGGUUAAACAUUUGUAUUGCCGCUGUCAAUUCGUUUCAGAA